CUCCAUUUCGCUUUCGCAGGAUCCUUCAAAGAAGAAACAUACUGGGGGGAAAGAGAGGAAAAAAAAAACCUUACUUUGCCCCCUUCCUCAGCUGAUGAUGGAUUGUCGCUAGAAGGGUUUGAAUUUUGUUUUUUUGGUCGUGCUUCUUCUUGAUUCUUCUUUCUUUUCAGGUUUUGAAAGUUCCCUCCUCUUCGUUUUGCCAAGAGGAGCCCCUUCUCCUCUUCGGUUGUUUUUCCCUUUCUGGGUUUCCGUUCUUUUUCCCCCUUUCUUCUUCGUCUUUGGUUGUGGAGGAUGAUAAGAUUUGGGAUGCUGGGACUGCAGCUGUCGGAGCUGCUCGUGAGCUCGGUGGUGCAUUUGCUUUAUGGGUUUUACAUAUUCAGCUCAGCCGUCGCCGGCGAUCUGUCUCGGGCAUUUCGUGAAUGCCUCUUCAAGCCAAACCCGAAUCUUGGCGAAAACAGCGACGCGACGGCGACGACCCAUGUUAAUAAUUUGCCUCCUAUUGUGUUGGUUCAUGGAAUCUUUGGAUUUGGGAAGGGGAGAUUGGGAGGUUUAUCUUAUUUUGCGGGGGCAGAGAAGAAGGAUGAGAGAGUUUUGGUGCCUGAUUUGGGAUCUUUAACCAGUAUAUACGACAGGGCUCGAGAACUGUUCUAUUACCUGAAAGGCGGGCAAGUCGAUUAUGGCCAGGAACAUAGCAAGGCUUGUGGGCACUCGCAGUUUGGGCGGAUCUACGAACAAGGGCAUUAUCCAGAAUGGGAUGAAGAUCACCCCAUCCACUUUGUGGGGCAUUCCGCGGGAGCGCAGGUCGUUCGGGUUUUGCAACAGAUGCUCGCUGAUAAGGCAUUCGAGGGGUAUGAGAACACUUCUGAGAACUGGGUGUUGAGUAUCACAUCCUUAUCGGGGGCGUUUAAUGGGACGACAAGAACCUAUUUAGACGGAAUGAAGCCAGAGGAUGGGAAGAAAAUGAAGGCAGUAUGUCUGCUUCAGCUUUGCCGUCUCGGAGUGAUUGUAUACGAUUGGCUCGACAUCCCGUGGCUGAAAGCCUAUUACAAUUUCGGGUUUGAUCAUUUUGGCCUUUCUUGGAAGAAAGUAGGGAUUUGGGGUUUAGCAGAUUGCAUGUUUGGAAAAACAGGCCCUUUUGCCUCAGGCGAUUGGAUUCUCCCGGACCUCACGAUUCAAGGGUCGAUGAGAUUGAACAGCCAUCUGCAUACCUUCCCCAAUACGUUCUAUUUCAGUUAUGCCACCAAGCGCACUAGAAAGAUUCUUGGCAUCACAGUUCCUUCAAGCAUACUUGGGAUCCACCCGCUGUUUUUCAUAAGGGUGCUUCAGAUGAGUCAAUGGCGGCAUCCUUCAGAUGUUCCUCCUCCUUACAAAGGCUACAGGGAUGAAGAUUGGCAGGAUAACGAUGGAGCGCUGAACACUAUAUCCAUGACUCACCCACGCCUUCCGAGUGAACAUCCUAGUCAUUACGUUGUAUUAGACUCCGAUUUCCAACCCCUGGAACCGGGCAUCUGGUACUACAAGAUCGUGGAAGCUGAUCACAUACUGUUCAUUGUGAACCGUGAGAGAGCCGGGGUUCAGUUCGAUCUCAUUUAUGAUAGCAUCUUCCAACGUUGCCGAAAGCAUGUAUUUAGAAAAUCUCCACCGACAUUGCCGAAUCACAUAGUUGCUGAUGAUGAGUAGGAGAGUAAACUGGAAGGAAGCCUCUGGUGCCGUACUUAUAGCGUUUGUCCAACUCCAUGUGAUUUCUGUCGAGUUGACGCCGAUUUUUGGCAGCUCAUUUUGAUAUUUAGCAGUGUUAGGGAACUCAGAAGAUAUAGGCAGGCUCAGAAUUAAGUUUGUGACAUUAUUUCGAGCAAGCAGAUUUUCUGGCAUAAGUCUACAGAAAUUCUUUCUGCAUCUUUUCAGC